UGCGGCUGUUGUCGCCCUGUCGUGUUCAAGCCUGCGCCAGAGGUUGGCCCGCCCUCGUGCGCCCUGCGCGCACCGAGCUUCCACUGGGCCUCCCAAGCGAGUGCCGCGCUCGCGCCAGCGCCUUCGGUCGGGGGGGGACCAUGACCGCCUUCGCGGUGACGGCCACGCGCCCGUCCUUCCAGAUGCCCAUCGAGUGGGAGGUCGCCACCGCCCUCUCGCUGGCCCGGCUCGCGGCGGACGUGGCGCCGGUGGCCGCGGCCGUGGAGGUGUGGCCGAUGCUCGACUCCGUCGGUGGUGGACGUGGGCGGGGCCUCCGUGCGGCUGCGGCUCUGCGCCGGCGGCGGCGCCGGACUCGCCGAGGCUGCGGCGUCCGCCGGCGAGGAGGCCGCAGCGAGUGCGAUGCUGGGCGCGCAGGGCAGCGUGGCGCUGUGCCUCCGCCGCGGCGAGGGGGAGCCGUGGCUCCCCGCCAUCGCGGGGGUGCCAGGGCACCACGUGGACCGCGCGGGCGGGCCGAGAAGAGGGGCUGCUGGAGGCGGUGGUGGUGGCGCGGCCAACCGUGCGCGGCGGGGUCACCUUCCUGCACGAGGAGGCCCUGCGGGCGUGGCUGCCGGCCGGGCGCGCGCUGCAGCUGGCGCCGCUGUGCCGGUUGGACGACUUCCAUAUCGACGACGGCAGCGGCCCGUGGCUCCGGGACCGCAUCUGCACCACCGCCUGGCAGGCCGAGUGCU